AUGGCUGCUUCCAGUUUAAGACAAGGUGAAAUAGCAAUGGAGGAUGUUGGCUGGAGUUCAAGACAAGAUGAUCAAAUAACUGGCGAGGGUGCUCAUGAGAACGCUGCAGGAGACACCGAGGCAGGCGACACGCGCAUGGAUCCUAAACUAUACAGGUAUGCAACGAUGCCUAAAUCAGGAUGUCAAGAGUUUGUAUGGGCUAUGCGCACAAAGUAUUUUGCCAGAGCCACAUGUGCAAUACCUAUAUGUAAUAUUCCUGAUCAAAUAGUAUCGCUGGUCCUAAGUAGUGAAAACAAAGUAAGCACCGGUGGGAACACGGUGCUUCACCUUGCUGCAAAUACAGGCCACGUGCAGCUUAUCCAACUAAUUACCCUAAAUUUCCCGGGGCUUCUCCGCAAACAAAAUGAUGAUGGACAACUUCCGCUACAUGUAGCCGCAUCCGCUGGCCAUCUAUCCGCAGUUCGUUGUUUGGUAGACACGGCUCAAGGUAAUACGUUUAUUGAAAAGGACGGGAGAGGGAACACUGCGUUGCAUGUCGCUGUGGAAAAUAAUCACCAAGAUGUGGCUAUGUUUUUGGUUGGCAAAGAUGGAUCCACGUCGCAUUCUACAAAUAACUCCAGUAAGAAUCCCUUGUGCAUGGCCGCUGAAACUGCCAAUCUUGAACUCGUUAAAGCAAUGGUAGCCAACACGCCAAAUAGAACAGCAGACGCUAAUUCUGGUAAUUUUUGGCAAGGAUCGAACGGCAACUCAAUUCUUCUUAGUGCGAUCAUAUGGAGGAAACAGGCAAAAGGUGGACUCAAGAAAAUUAAUGCAGUGUUAGUGUUGGCCCUGCUCAUGUCAUGCACUCUCAUCAAUCCACUCUUUUUCCUGGCGGGGGUUGUAUGCUUGAUGUAUUUUAAGCGUAUAGUUUCUCAAUGGUGGCUGUCCAGAACCAACAGAAAGAAGUAUACAAAUCUCCUAGAGACGAUAUUGAACAAAAUGGAUUCAGCUGAUCUAAUCAAUUCAACGGACCAAGAGUGGAUGACUCCUCUUACACUUGCGGCUUAUAUAGGUAACUUUGUGGCGGUACGCGUAUUGUUACACAAAUUUACUGGAUUGGCAUACAAAGGUGAAGAAAAUCAGUUCCUUCCCAUACACGUGGCGUCCAAAAAAGGCCAUUGGAGGGUUGUUGAAGAGUUUCUCAAUCAUUGCCCCGACUUGAGGGAGUCAUGUGACGGUGAAGGCCGGAAUAUUCUUCAUGUUGCGGCUGCGCAUGGAAGAGUCAAUGUUGUCCGAUAUAUUAUUGGAAAGCGCAAUCUUCAAGUGCUUAGCAAGCAAAGAGAUAAAAGUGGAAAUACCCCUCUACAUGAAGCCGUCCAAAACUGGCAUCCUAAGAUUGUCAGAAUUCUUUCCCUCUUCCAUGCGUAUGAGAGAGCCAAUUUAAAUAGUUUGAACAGUGCAGGUAUGACGGCAUUGGACCUUGCAGAGAAGACCGAGGUAGAUAAAGAGAUGUUCUUUCGGAGAAAACUGACACUGAUGGCCUUGAACUUGGCUAAUGCUCCACGAUCUGAAGAAAGAACAGCCUCCAAAGUAAAGCUAGUGAUAGAGGAUUCUGAUUCGAAGUCCUUGCACAAUUCUGAUAUCCUAAUGUUUUCGAAAGAGAGUGUCAAUACUCUCCUAUUGGUGUCAACGCUGGUGGUUGGUAUAACGUUUGCUCAAGGCUUCACAAUACCAGGUGGAUACAGAAGCUCUGGAAAUGAUGAGGGCCCCCCAAUUUUUCUUACGCAUUGGCUAUUCAAAAUUUUCUUGAUAUGCAAUACCGUGGCGAUGUGCGGCUCCAUUACUGUUUCACUUGCCCUUAUGUGGGCACAAACGCAUGACCCUAAUGUAAUCUCUGCUGUCAUGAGAUUCACCUUACCGGUGCUAGGCGUAACGCUUAUCAUGAUGUCCUCGUCAUUCCUGGCUGGUGUUGCACUGACAGUGUAUCACGUUUUAUGGCUUCGCAUCUUUGUUUAUGCCACGGGAUUUUUCUUCACGGUUUUCCUAGUAGGGCUCCUUGCUCCUCUCAUGGAUGGUUCAGUUUCCUGCGUACCUGGCCCAACACAAGCCUUCUUAAUCUUUAGCUUUUAUAUAUUGAUGUUUGUAAGCGGAUAUAAUUACGACGAUGAUUGGUCUAAUAGAUGGAGUUUGUAGAAUUUCAAUCAAGAUUUGUGGUAAGUGUUGAAGAUGGAACCAGUCGUUUAUCCUGUAAUACUGCCAACCUUUUCUUAUCUUGUAAUAACUACAUUUCUCUAGAUAAUACCUCUACUUCCAACUUCCA